UUACUGGAUUGUAAACUUUUCUCUUCAAACUAUACCAUAUACCGGACUGUUUAAACCUUAAUAACCUAAUUCAAAGGUAGCAUCAGACUUAUCCAGUGUGACUAGUGCUUAUCACACGACUGGAUACUCUCAUCCAAACUUAAGGGAGGCUGUUACCUCAAGGUAUCACCUGCCCUACUACUGGAGGAUACUGCUGUUGACAUCCUGCACAAUCUGCAGCAAUAUAGCUACAUCUUCCUCAAGCAGACCAGAAAAAUUUUCAACCAUCCAGAUAGAGUGAGAGUUAUGGAUCUGCAGAGUGUUUUCAAAGCCUUGCCAGAUGAUCAAGUUAUUACAAAAAUCUGCAUAGUUGAAGAUCCUUCCAAGUGUCCACCAGGUUUUCAAGUUGUAUCUCGGACUUUUGACCAGGACACAGAUGCCGAUUUAUGGAAAGAUAGAAUAUUCGGCAAGAGGAUAACCAGAUAUAUAUGCUUCUCAAAAGAUCAGUACAGCUCUGAUGAAGUGGUUGAAUCUAUUGCCAUAGCUGGAGAAAAAGAUUUAUCAUCAGAAUGGACUGUUCUGUUCUAUACUUGGGACACUGAACAAAAAGCCAUGAAAAAGAAAAACCUGUGUUAUAAAGUUGUAAGAAGAGAAUCUGUGCAAGUGGCAGUAACUGACAUUAUUGUGUUGAGUAAAUCAAAAAAACCUCCUUUUGGAUUUAUUCUUGCAGGUGAGGUAAAUAGCUUAUUAAUCUGUUACAAAUAUGGUCCAAUUUCUCCAACAAAAUACCCUAGAGGAGUAGGGCCAUCAAAUGGUCAACAUAUAGCUUCAGGUAAUUGGGGUGUAAGCACUGGACAAAGUCAGCAACCAUACAUACAAGGACAACAUACCUUAUAUGGAAGUUCUAUUACUCAUAGUGCCAUGCUAGAUGGAAUACCUUUCACUGUAAAUCCAAAAUACGGUGACGUCAGUCGCCUACCUCCGUUUAUUAUCCCUGAAAUCACAUUAAAGACCGAAGAACAUUUACAAGCGCAGUAUAAUUACAGUUUUCAGGUAGAGUAUCAAGUUCAACAAGCUGUGUUAUCAAACUUUAGCUGAAUGUAAAAUAUUUUUAGUUUUAGUGUGUAUCACAAAGGUGCAUACUUUCCUAUCAAAGUAGCUAUUGAUGAGAAGCAAAAAAAACAUGUAAUAAUUCUAGGUUUGUGUUAGUGACCAACAAGUUAGCUUCCUGUAUUGAUAUCUCAAUAUAAAUGUUUGAGUAAAAUAAUGAACUUGGUCAACAAAAUAGAACUGUGUAGGCUUAUCAGAAGGGAAUUUAAUUUGCUGAUAAGCACUGGAAGGAGUAAGUCUUUUCUUUAUAUUAUCUAAAUACACAGCUUCAAGUACCUCAAAUUAUACAAAUUGUAAGAAAAUCAUGCUAUUACUUAUUUUUAUAUGUGUAUAAAGCUACAUGUGCCUAAUAAGAUGUUUAAUCCCAACUGUCAAUUCCUUUUGUCAACAUAUGCUCAGCAGAAGGUUUUGCUUUUUAUUCUGAUAACAUCGUUCUUUACUUUGAAAAAUGUUUGCCUUGUCUGCAAUAAUGUUUGAAUAAUUAUUGCUUUUUCAAGAACGGAAAGUAUAUCCUAAUAGGGUUGUUUGGUACAGAUACUUUUUUAUUAUUGUUUAUAGGAUAAAUUUACAACUUAUUGUAUGACCUUCGGUAUGAUCAAUGUUGGUGUAUUUUACUAACAUUAAUAGAAGCCAGCAUUAGUUGCCAUCUUUAAUGGAUUUUUUUUUUCUUUUUACCUUUUGAGUGAUCUUGGACUAGAAACAUACUGAAUCAUACAUUUUUUUUCUUUUUCCUAUUUUAAAAUUUAGUGUUUAUAUACUUAUUAAUUCAGGGUGUAUAUUUUUGUAAAAGUAUACUAUAAUCAAUAUUAGAACAUGUUUUGAAUUGUUAUUUAAAGGGUUUAACUAAACUUGCACAUUAAGUAAUUAAACUUAAAAUAGUUAGAUGAAGUAAAGUUUAUUCUUGGGUACAAGCAAAAAGUUUUCAUACCCUGCAGGUUGUAAUUUUUUUUUGUCUUCUCGAAUUAUUGAUGGGAGUAUCGUUGAUUACAAAAACCAUCAAAGAGCACAUGACCUAGUUAAGCUACACAAUAAGUAUUUGUCCCUUGAAUGACCAAUUAGCCUUUACUUUCUCAAGUAACCUUGGUAAGUAGUUGCUAAUCAAUUAAAUGUCACUCCCAUUAAUCAUAAACAUCGAAGUAAUUGAUUAUUCUCAUUAAGUGGGAGAGAAAAAUAUCCACUGUUCAUGACUUAAAAAGCACCAAAAUAAAACUUAUGAUUCUAAAAAUCAGGUGUCGAUACCCAUGAUGUGCAGGCAGCCCAUUGUGCAGUUUUGUGUUUAAUAGCAAACAAAUUUAUUAAAAAAUGUUUUGAUUACUUGGAUAGUUUGAAUAAUCAGAAGUGACGACAACUGGAAACCUUAAUUUCGAUAAGUUGAUUGUUAUCAUGAGCCAUGACAUAAUUGAUUAAAUUGAACAAACUUGAAUUAGUCAAAAAUGAAAUCAUAAUGGCAAUAUUUCAAUUAUUGGAUAGGUAGAAUAACUAGAAAUGCUAAUUUUGGUUGGUUUAUUAUUUUCAUCAGAUCAAUAGAUUUAAUCAUAAUUUUGAUUACUAGAUACUUGGGGUGGGACUAGCUGCUCGAAUACCAACAUUUUCAAUAUUUUUUGUAUUUAUAUAUUUGUGUAAAGCUAGAGAAGUUCACCUACUUUAACAGUUUAUUUUAACAGAGCUAAAAUUAAAUAGAUAAACAAGCUUAAAAAGCUUAAGAAAUUAAUUUGUAGGGAUUAGUUUAUUGCUAAAAGUCAUACAUUGAGGAUGAAGUUGAAUAAAGUUUUUUGUUAGAUGUUCUUUCCUGAUUCCAAAAUUGCUCAUAGAACAGGUAUGGCAACAACACCAAGAUUUCCCAUUCCGUGCACACUCGUUUUUCGUAAAUGUAAAUGUAUUCUUCAAGAAAAGCUUCACUUGGCUUCAACACUGCCAAUGGGAAGUACAGCUAACACAAGAAGAAGCUCCCAUACAUUAGGGAAAAAGCAUACAUUUGCAAUUAAGUGCAAAACAGAAAUUAUAUUUUGUGAGGUCUCCUUGCUAUUUUCAUAAGUAUAUUUCCACCAUUUAAUUCACUGUAAAGUGGUUCUAAGUUUGACAGUAUAUGCUGCUAUUUAUCAAAUAGAAUAGUGUAAAUAGCUUCAAUAUUCAUGUGUUUAGCUAACUCUGGUAUUAGGCUACACAACUCAAAAUGAGUUUGUUUAUUCUCACCAAAUCUGCUUUCUAAUUGAGAAAUGAUAUGAUUCAAAAAGGGAAUUACAAUGGCCUUCUUUCAAUAAUCUGUUUAUGGAUUUGGCUGGUGAGUUGUCACUAUGCUGCUGUCAUCCACAUCACAAUGGCUACACCUAUUACUCGUUCUAGAGGUACAAAGUCAAUCAGCAUUUCAUGAAUAAUAGGUUUUUUGUCUGAUUUCUUUAACUUAAAUGCAUUAGCAGACUGAGAGAAUUUCAUUGUUAUGUGAGGUGAUUUCAUAUAUCAUUAUGUAAAAAUGUGGACAAUUCUUUAAAUUGCUUAAAACAAAUUUUCUUUUCAAGUCUGCUGUCACUUGCAGUAUUUCAUUCUGGAUAUCAGUAUGCGUAUAUUUUACAAUUAUUGAGCAUGAAUGAAAUUUUUUUGUUUUAAGAAUCAUCUUUUUCAGCCAAUAAUUGUAAAAGAGCAAUACAAUUUCCUUCAUUUGAACUUGGAGGUUAACAAAAUCGAUUAUACUAUUGCCUUUGGUACCCUGCAAAGCAAUACCGUGUUGGGCACAGAGAAAAACAGCAUCUAUAAUACUUGGAAGAAUUUUGCAAUUCCUUUUCAUAUAUGAUUUAGUUAUUUCAUUUAUAUUCACAUCAAUUCUCAUUGAAGGAUUUUCAAACUGUUUUUGGAAGUCUUAAAGAUCUUUGAACAGCAUCCUGAUGACAAAAUUUUGAUUCAUGCUUGCGCGAGUGCUCACCAGACUUAUCGUAGUUCACAAAUGGAGCAGUAACAAAAACAUAUGCACUAGUUUUUGUCCUUAGUUGAGAAACGUAUGCAUGAUACACACCAUCUUCCUGGAAGAAUUUCACUAUAGGCCAGCCAUUUGAAUUCUAGGAGCUAACAAUGUUGAAAUGAGAUAGUUUUAGUUUUUUCCAGCUACUUUAAAAGUUCUGCUAUGUAGUUUACAUUUUUCCUUUGGCUUCCAAAAAUUUGAGAAAACUAUUCUUUCAGGUUCAGUUAGGUCACUGUUUACUGCAUGUGCAAUGUCCAGUGAAUUGUGGGAUGCAGGUGGUGAUUCAGACACAACUUCAUUUUCAAUUAUCACUGUUUCACUCUCAGUUGGAAUUUAUAUCACAUUUUCUGAAUCACCUUUUAGCAACAGAAGAAACCUGAUUGGCUGAUGUUGAAGUAGGCAUUUCCUCAAUCUGAAUUCUAUUAAUUUUUUUGAAGUACUCACCAAUUUCCUUCUGCCCAUGAGGCCUUUUGGUAGCCAUACCUGAAAGAAAAACAAUGAUAUAAUUAUGCAAUGUAUACAUUUUGAGAGAAAUGAAAAUUAUUUUCAUGAAAUUAAGGAUUAAUUAAAUAAAAUUUUCAAUACGUUACGUUAUAUUUUUAUGGAGUAUAUUAUUAAAUUCAUAAUUAUUGUAGCAAUGAAAUAUAAAAUAAAUAUGAUAUAUGAAUCACAUAAUGAGCCAGAUGCACAGAAUAUAUAAUUAUAACAUUGCACAUGAUUAGAUUUUAUAGAAUAAAGGUAUCUUCAUAAUUGUAUUGAAUUUUGAUACGCUUAAUAUACAUACAACUUUUUUGCAUACAAACUUGUAUUUAAAUUAUAUUGAACUAGUAUAAAAGCCCAUCAAAAAUGAUGGGAAACCAAAGCCUACUAAAUUGAAACCUCCAAUGUGCACUUGCAACUUUGCCACCUGUAAACUUUGAUUUCUUUGACAUUUAAAAUACUCUUGAAAUAGCAUUGAAGAUCUCUCAAUUUGAUUUACUGCUACAAUAAUGUAUGUGUGCAACAAACACGUAAUCACGUGCAUAUGAUAUUGUUAUUAACAACAAUUAAAAUAAUGUAAUUUACUAAUGGGCUUAGCUUUCACUUCAUUACAUUGUAUGGUAAGAGUAAAUGACAGAAUGACAAAGGGAAUAAGCCUUUGAUAGGUAGUGAUUAUCUUUAAGUAAAACAGACAAUAUAGAUAGAUAUAUCUGCAGAAGAAUGAUGUGAUGUUAAGUGGUGAAUCAAGGAACAUAAUACAAUGUUAAAAUAAGCAUAAAAUUUUUUUCGUCUUUUGCUUAAAGGCGGUGGCUAGCAAACUCCUCUGGCAGAGCCCCUGUAAUUGAAAACACUAUUUGGGUAUUUUCUGAAGGGUUUAACUGUAAUUUUGAUUAAUCAGUGUAUUUGAUGCUUAAAGGUAAUUAAUUGAUUUUAUUGCCUGUCUAUGCUAGUAACCUGGUGCUUAUUAAAAUUGUUCAGCACAGAAUCUUUUCUUUUUAAAUGGCCUAAAGAAAUUCUUUACACUCUCAAAAAAGUACAAAAGGUUUGUAUUGGAGCUUUUAUUCUUAUAAUCAGUUAUCUUGUGUUUUUGCAGCCCCUCCCUACAGUGUUCCUUUCACAUUUAACACUUGCAUCUUGUACAUCUUUAUUACUGAUGGGAAUUUCUUAUAUCGUGCAUGUGAUUUCGAAUAUGCAUACAUUUGUUUCUUUAUAGCCAAGUGCAAAGCUAUACAAAGGGCUAUCUAUAUAUGCUCUGUCUACCACGAGUUUCUAGCAUUGUAAGUCUGCAGACAUACUGCUGUGCCACUGGGGGCUGAGUACAUGUCAAUGUAGUUAAAAAUGAAUAUUGUAAUACAAGGUUGUUGUAUACAAUCUUUUACACCUUUCUUGUUUCAUAAAUAAAAGUAUAUUGUUAAAACUUAUCAUUAGGUUCUUUCACAUAUUUUAUUAUAGUUAUGUAAUGGCCUCUAGAAUAUUAUUUCUUAAGUACACAUAGGCUUAUGAUUUUCACGUUAAAUUUAAGUUUCAGUUUGUAAAUUUUAAAAAAGCUUGGUUUUCUUUUUAAUUGUCAUAAUUAAACAUUUUUAAUAAAAUACCUUACUGAAUACAUUAUCUUAUUUGUUAGUCUUGAAUUAUGUGUAAAUUCAACACAGUUUUGUUGUAGUAUUUAUAUUACUCGGAAUGUGUCGUAAACAAGUGUGGUAGAUGGUUCAUGUGCUUAUUGGAAACUCAGAUUUAUCUAGUCAUUGCUUUAAUGCGUAUAUAUUGCCAAAAGUAAUGUUUAUUUUUCUAUUCAUUUUUAGCUGUUUACAACUUGCACUCAUUUAUAGUCAUGCACAUAUACAUGUACUGUAGCAGUUUCAUAUUCCAGUUACUGACUUCUUUUUUGUGUUGAGAUGUAUUUUACAUUGUAGAUUAACCUUAUUUGUAUUGAAGAUACCUAUACUUUUCAUCUUUUGUUCAAGUAGUAAAGAAUAAUUAUUAUUGACUGUUAUUCAGUAUUGCAUAUUAAUAUCUAAGUAUAAGGCUACAGUUUUCAUUUUAUAAUAUCCCUCUUGCAAAAAAUUUUUGGUGCUGUAAUUAAUCAUGUGAAGUAACAUUGACUGAUAUAACAUCCAUGCAGGAAAAAUUGGCACAUGAAUUCACAGAAAAUAGGAUUAAAACUAGCAUAAUUUUGCUAGAAUUGCAUAGGGCUAUUAAAUGAAAAGCAAAAUAGAAAAAUUUCAUGUAAGUUACAAUAAAUGACUUGUAGUCAUGCUAUUUUUAUUAUUAAAAACACUUUUAUAAAA